CUCGAUACGACUUAUGCUGUCAGUGGCCCUCAUAAACCCAACAAAGAAGGACACGUCUUCGCUGUCAGCGGCCCUUACAAACCCACGUAGAAGAAGACGAAGAAGAAAAAUAUCUUCUCUGUAUAAUAUAAUGUUACUACAACAAUGGGUAACAAGAUAUUCAUCAUUGCACUAGUGGUCGCUCUAGCUGCGAUCCUAAUUAAUAACCACCUGAAGAGGAAGGGGGAAACAAGGUACAUAUUCCACGCUGAAUGGUAUGAUCCAGUCUCAGCUAUGGUCAAAAAAUUUCAGUUAAGUUUCUUCCCACGGGACAAGUCAGUAGAAAUGUAUGACCUUCGGGCACAAAGACUAUUUUUAAAACGGCUACCGGUUGAUGAUGUUGAAGAAAGAGACCUCUACUUGGGCAAUACUAUUGUCAUCCUUUCUCGGCAGUUGAAGCUUACUGACUAUGCAGAUGCAACCACACGUGACCACAUUAGCGCCAAGAGACAGAGGACAUUUGCAAUGGUGAAGCCUGAUGCUGUACAUAGGUUAGGGGAAAUUGUAGAUGUCAUUAAGAGUCAUAACUUUGAAAUUACCCAAAUGAAAAUGGUUCAGCUGUUAAGGAGCCAGGCAGCUGCAUUUUACAGAGAACAUGAAGACCAACCAUUUUUCACGCCUCUGUUGGACUAUGUCACAAGUGGUCCAGUUGUUGCAAUGGAGCUGAUAACAUCUGAUGCUGUCAGAAGAUGGCGAGAGGUCCUAGGACCCACCGACGCUGAGGCAGCAAGGCAAGAUGCCCCGGAAUCAAUUCGAGCUAGAUUUGGCAAAGACAAGCAGACUAAUGCAGCACAUGGCUCUGAUUCAGAUAUUUCAGCUACAAGGGAAGUAGAGUUCUUCUUUCCUUCAUCAAAAACAAGUGAUACGAUGGUGCCUCAGACAACUGCCAGUUUUGCAAGUAACACAUGUUGCAUCAUUAAGCCUCAUGCUGUUGCCAGUGGUAACAUGGGAGGUAUCCUGAAAGCAAUAAAAGAUGAAGGCUUUGACAUCUCUGCCCUCCAGAUGUUCCGUAUGGAUAAAGUUCAAGCCGAGGAGUUUCUAGAAGUGUAUAAGGGUGUACUUACUGAGUAUCCUGGAAUGUUACAGCAGCUUAUAUCAGGACCAGCAUUGGCUAUGGAAAUAACAAGCAUACAUGGAACUGAAACACCAACCAAAUUCAGAGAAUUUGUUGGCCCAUCUGAUCCAGUUGUGGCCAGGGAACUGCGACCCCAUAGUUUGAGAGCCCGAUUUGGAGAAGACAAAGUGAAGAAUGCAAUACACUGUUCAGAUUUGCCAGAUGAUGGCCCACUUGAGGUUGAAUAUUUCUUCAAGAUUCUCCAGUUACCAAGAUUAUAGUCAUAUGCUAAAAACUUUUACACAUUUUACAUCUUCAUGUUUUCCAUUGUAUCAUAAUUUAUUUGUCAAUACUUCUUGCCUAACAAUGUAGUCAUAUCCUAAACAAAUUCAGAUGGACCUUCAUUAGAUUAGUAUACUAAAUAUAUGUUGUAUUCAAGACCACAAAAUUUGUAAAAAUUGCAUGCAAUAACUAAGAAGGUAGAUGAGCAAAAAGUCUAAGUAACUCUGCUAAUUUUCAGAUCUCAGUUGUGUGUUGAGCUACGAUCCUUAUAUUAUAAAAACUGUUUUUUUUUUUCUAUCCACAAAUGUAACAUCAUGGGAAUGGUUGAUAUGUGAUGGAGAGAAUUAGCACUUAUUAAAGCAAUAAUGCCUUGCUGUUUUUCUGCUCAAGAAACUAAAGUCAGUUCUUGUAGGGUAUUGUGCAACAUAAGUUGUUUUCAUGAUACAGAAACUUUUCAGAAAUAAUUCAGAGAACAUGGUUCUUGUUAAUAGAAUUAACAAGCCUCCAUCACUUCGGUACAUAGGAUGAAUUAAUUUAACCCUUUAACUGUGGAAUAACCUGAAGAGAAAAUUCCUGUAUGUGGGAAGAUUUUAGAAAAGAAAGAUAUUGUUUCUUUUGGAUUGAUAGUUUGUUUUUCUGAACUGAAUAAAAUAAAAUGAGUGAAAUCUGUCCAAAAUUUACAAUUUUAUGGCAUGUUGAAGUUAGUGGAAAAAUUAUCACUAAUUGGCAACAGGAGCACCAGCCAUAUUUACAUUUUACAAUUUAUUGAUGCUAAUAUGAUUGUUGUUCUGUUUUUUAAUGUUUAUUGCUAUAUAAACAAAUUUUUAAUAAUAUUAGAUGUGUUUCAAGUUGUUUUAGCACUUCAAAUAUUGCUUUGCUUGAAAUAAUCGGUAUAUAUACGUUAUGACUAGUUGUUAUAUUUUUUCCUUACUAUUUUGGUCUUCUAAGGCUAUAUACAAGGAAUACUUACAACAAUACAAUUGUUUCAGAUUAUUAUUAUUAUUAUUAUUAUAAUCAAAAAGAGGCACUAAGCCAAAUUGUUUCAGAGUGUAACACUCCUUAAAACAUGGAAAUAAGUAAUAUUGGUCGACUUGACUGGGUUAUAUACGUAUACAGCAGUGGCGUCGUAAGGGAUGGGGCACCCGGGUGACACCAUAGAGCCUCUAAAGGUGACACUAAUGCUCAAAACAGUGCUGCACCAACAUAAGAGAAGAAUCCUUCAUUUCUAUAUAGCCUAUUACAGUGGUACCUCGGGAUACGAACUUAAUUCGUUCCAGAAGGCCGUUCAAGUGCCAAUACUGAACGAAUUUGUUCCCAUAAGGAAUAAUGUAAAUUAGAUUAAUCUGUUUCAGACCCCCAAAAAUACACUUGCAAAAGCACUUACAUAAUCGUUUAAUUUUCAGUUGCUCGUAUCCCGAAGUACCACUGUACUAUAUGAUUACAGAGUACAAAUAGACCUAUAUAGGGAAAAUCAUUGAUUUUGAUGAUGUGAUAGAUGAUUUUGCAGGAUUGAAGGAAAGACAAUGUAAGAUCAGAAUCACUGAGAUAUUACCUGUACUCAAGGUCAAAUUGGAACUAGUGUUUCUCUGAUAUUGCAGUGUUUUUCCUGGGUAACACCAACCCUAGCGAUGCCUCUGGUAUACAGUAUAUAUACUUUAUAAUUAUUAAUUUUUUUACUAAUUUGUUCUAAGGCUAUGUAUAAUGAAUACAUAUAAUAUUACAAUUAUGGAAAUUAUUCACCUUGUUUGACUUGACUGGGUUAUACCUAGUGUGCUUUGUGGCUGAAUUCCAUUGUUAGUAUCAUGAAAUUGUAAUAAAUUUGGAAUGAAUGUUAUCAAUGAGCCACUUGCACAUAGUUUGCUAGUAGGGACCCUGGUGGUGAAACAACAGCAGCUGGUUCCUUUCAAAUGUAUGAAUAGAUGGAAGGGGACCCAAAGAAAUGACCUGAGAUAAAUAUUGGCAGGUGGCAGAUUUGUGGAUACAAAAAUUGGUGUGUACUAGUAUGUGAGACACAAUACCACCACCUGCAUACUAGUAUGUUGAACACAGUUAAAGGGUUAAUUGGAUUCCUUCACAAGUUAGUAGCUAUAUUGUCAAUGCAUGAUUUAAAUGCUUCUAUAUUCUCUUAAUACAUUCCAGUGAAAAAGAAUCUUAAUAUUUAAUAAAUUUAAAUAUUUCCAUCUUUAACAAUAAGUAGAUGCUUACAUGGUUUCAUCAACUGGCCUGAAAGUUGUACAUACAGGCUAUCUCUGCUUUUAAAUAUAAUUACAUUUCUCAAGAGAUCACCCAAUGAAAUUUUGUAAUGUGAAUCACUAUUUCUCAUAUGCAUAGUGUUAUGACUGGAGGUUUCAUUGCACAUUGUUACAUUUGUGGGAGGAGCACUAAAUCUGUAGGGGUUAUACAGCUCAUGGUGGAAUGGUAGGAAAUAGUUUGAUCAAACAAAAGAUAUAAUAGAUUUGCUUCCAUACAUCAUGGGCUCCUCACUGGCAUUAAGGCACCUUCUUUGAAGGGAGUUGCAUUUCAAAGUGACCUAAAAAUAACCCCAAAAAUUUGCUCGAGACAAAACAUACAAGCAUGGGAAAAAUGUUAAAUUAUGGUAUUACCAUUGACAAUAAAUUAAAUAUCUGGCAGAUAUUAUAAUUUUUCUUUUUAACAUUGCUAAGUUUCAUUAUUGCAGCCCUUCUCUCAAGGGUGUCUUCAUGCUAGUGAGAGGUUCUUUAUCCAAGGAAUUGAACUGAUGCUUCCCUUCACUGGACUGAACAAGAAUGUCUCCCAUUCCCUAUUUGUAAUGUGACCCCCUACAGGUUUAAUGUUUCCUCUAGUUAAAAUAUGUUGGCCUCAUUUCCAGAGUCAUAGCUUUCUAGAACAUUAUUAGCACCAUUACAAUUAUUAUAAUUAUAAUAAUCAAAUGGCACCAUUACAAUUUGUAGAGCUUUUCUUCUUGAAGCCAUUAUUAACAUUAUAAAUCACAGUAUUUUUUUAAAAAUAUUUCUCAAGAUGUGCACUAAAGCAGAUUUUAAGGAGGGCCGACUGACUGAUGCUGUUUAUGUUACUGUUUGGAAAGGAUUUCAGGUGCAUGAAUUUGUUUGAAUGAUUUACUAGGGUAUGCACUUUCACAUAAAACUUGAUAAUAUUAUAUAGAGGAAAUGCUAAACCCAUAUGGGAUUAUAGCCUGGGGGAAUGGGAGGUAAAUGGGUUUGAUGCACAAAAGUGGAGGACAAGCUCAAUAUGUAUUAUUAUUACAAUCAAAACUAAGCACUAAACCCACAAGGGUUAACCCCAAUUCGUAAAAAUUUAUGAAAAGCUAAAUUUCCCGAUGUGAAUCUUCAUAAAGUGAGGCUUGACUGUACAUGGUGUGCAUGGGACCAGGUCUAUAUUGUAGUACGUACAAGUGGAAGUUACUUUCAAAAAUGCUGUUGGUUGCAUAAUGACCUUGUCAUGGAUCACCCUAGUACCCUCAUAGUCAAUAUUUUUCUCUUCUAUUUGAUAUUUUAUCUUGGGCAUUUAAUACAAGUAUUAUAAUCAUAACUAAGCACUCAACCCAUAAGGUCAUACAGCUGGGCAUUUAAUAAAUUUGUCUUAUUUCUUGCAUAUUAAUAUGUUCUCCAGCUAGUCAUUGUGUGUGUAAAGGCAAUCAGGAGUGUAGACAUUUUAAUCUUCAAGAUCUAGUGUACACACAAAUUCACUGAUAACAGUUUUAUUUAACCCCUUGACAAUCGCAACCCCAAAUCCUGAGGCGUCUCCUGGUGUCACAAAAUUUCUGGAAAAAAAAAUUAUUUUUUCUUAUGAAGUGAUAGAGAAUCUUUUACCGAUUGUAAUGACACCAAAAGAGCGAAAUUUGAUGGAAAACUGACGGAAUUACGCUCUCACAAAGUUAGCGACCUCGGCGAUAUUUAUGAAUCGGCGAUUUCGCCCACUUUGAGUCCUAUUUUCGGCUAAUUCCAUUGUUCCAGUCGACCAAACUCAUAGCCAUUUCUUUAGAACUCCAUUUUUUCUAUUGACUGAGUACAAGAAACUGCCCAUUUACCGAUUUCGACUACCCAGUAACGUGGUCAGAAAUUUGCAAUUUGGCCAAUUUCACGAAAAUUAAAAAAUAUGACAAUUUCAAAAUAGGGUCCAGAAUAAACAAUGCAGACAUUCCUGGCUCUAAAAUAACAUUUUCUUUAUCAGUCCCAUCUCCAGGCCCCUCUGAUAUUACUCUUGCUUUCUUUUUGAAUUUUUAUUCAAACAAAAAAUAGAAGAUUUACUGUUAUGCAGACUACUUCAAUAUUGUAAUAAUUGUAUAAAUAAUGUCAACCCAUUCAUGAUUGCAUAUUAGAAUGGCUACUUGGACAUUAUUGGAAAAUGACAUCAUUUGUUUACUUUUGAACAUCAGCAAAAAUCAAACAUUUCCCCUACUUUGAGCUCCAUUUCAAGGUUCUUUUCAUAGUAAAACCAAUCAAAAUCACCUCUAUUUCUAUAAUAUGUUUUCCAUUCUACCAAAUGAGACCAAGAAAAUGAGAAUACAACCAUAAAUACUAUACAAAAAUAGAUCACAAAUUCGGCAUUUUAAUUAAAAAAAUGGUUAGUUUUUUCCUCAUGCACAGCGUGCUGCAGGAUUUUUUUAUAUGGUGCACACUGACCACACAAACCCAUUCUCUCAUAUGUGGGCCUACCAGCUAUCUCCUGCUUGAUUUGAAGCCGCUAGAAUAUAUGAGUAUACAGUGGACCCCCGGUUAACGAUAUUUUUUCACUCCAGAAGUAUGUUCAGGUGCCAGUACUGACCGAAUUUUUUCCCAUAAGAAAUAUUGUGAAGUAGAUUAGUCCAUUUCAGACCCCCAAACAUACACGUGCAAACGCACUUACAUAAAUACACUUACAUAAUUGGUCGCAUUCGGAGGUAAUCGUUAUGCGGGGGUCCACUGUAUAUACGUCAAAAACGGUGACUCGUAAGAUGUAUAUAUACGACCGAAACAGUCAAAGGAAUAAGGUACUCUGAGUAUUUUGGGGGUGAUUAACAGUUCAUUUAUGGAUCUUGGUGUAUUUUUAAAAUUCAUUCACAAAAUUUUGUUCAAUUGGAUCAAGUCAUAUUUUUAAUAUACAAUACAAAAUUAUACACAAGAAAAUGCUGAAACUGUAUAGAUCAUAUCAGUGCCACGUAUCUUGUAAACUAUUGGCUUAAAAAAAAAAAAUAUAUAUAUAUAUAUAUAUAUAUAUAUAUAUAUAUAUUGCUGUAUAGUCCUUGUGGCUUAGCGCUUCUUUUUGAUUAUAAUAAUAAUAAUUAAAAAUAUAUUAAUGUUAACCAUAUAAAUUUGUGAAGACAUAAGUUUUCAUGAGCCAUGAAUUAGUUAUGUUAAUAAAUAUAGAGAAUGGAACGAAACAGAAUGACUUUGAGGGUAUAAACCUGUAGUGGAAGGGUAGGGGUCAGCCUAGGAAAGGUUGCAGGGAGGGGGUAAAGGUUUUGUGUGCGAGGGGGCUUGGACUUCCAGCAAGCAUGUGUGUGUAUUUGAUUGGAGUGAAUGGAGAGAAAUGAUUUUUAAUACUUAAUGUAAUGUUGGAGUGUGACCAAAGUAACAUUUAUGAAGGGAUUCAGGGAAACCGGAAGGCUGGACUCGAGUCCUGGAGAUGGGAAGUACAGUGUCUUCCCUCUGAAGGAGGGGUGUUAAUGUUGCAGUUUUAUAACUGUAGUGUACAGCACCCCUCUGGCAAGACUGAUGGAGUGAAUGAUGAAAGUUUUUCUUUUUCAGGCCAUCCUGCCUUGGUGGGAAUCGGCCGAUGUGUUAAUACAGUGGACCCCCGCAUAACGAUUACCUCCAAAUGCGACCAAUUAUGUAAGUGUAUUUAUGUAAGUGCGUUUGUACGUGUAUGUUUGGGGGUCUGAAAGGAAUAAUCUACUUCACAAUAUUCCUUAUGGGAAUAAAUUCGGUCAGUACUGGCACCUGAACAUACUUAUGGAGUGAAAAAAUAUCGUUAACCGGGGGUCCACUGUAAAUAAUAAAAUAAAAAGUAAGUAUAGAGCUCUGUAAGCUUAUCAACAACUCGUCUUUCAAUGUAAUUUUUUUUUUCGUUGUCCUAAACCUGAGGAGUCAUACAUCACCAUGGGGAAUGGAAAGCAUUCAGAUUCAAUCCAAGGGACCAUUAUUAUUAUAAUAAAAAACAAUGCUUAACCAACAAGGGUCAUACAGCAUCCAAGGUAACAGUAGGUUAAAUUCCUACUGAUCAAGAGCUCCUUACCAGUAUCAAGGAUAAGCCUUAUUCACAAAUUGCAGCCUCUCCUUGUAUAGUGAUGCACACGUUUACUGAUGAGCUCUCUGACCAGUAUGCAUACCUAAAUGUGUAUUAGAGCUGAUUUUUCUCUAUUCUGUUUAUUACAAUAUACAGUACACUGCUGUAUAAACAAAAAUAUACCAGAAAUGUUUUAAAUGGUGCAAAGGUGACAUUAAAACAUUAUCAAAGAUGGUUGACACAAACCCACUACCAUUAUAGUAUGCUCCUCACUUACCAACGAAUUCAUUUUCCAACGUGGUCUUAGGAACAGAACUCUGUCAUUGAGGAGAGGCUGUAUUAUAAUCAAAAAGAAGCACUAAACCUACAAGGGUCAUACAGCAUCUUAUUUUCAAAAUGUUCUGCCUAUACAGCACACAAUAUCAAAUAGAGAACAUACUGUAUAUCAUUAUUAUAAUGAUUACACUUAGCGCUUCUUUUUUAUUAUAAUAAUAUAAUGAUUACAGCAAUUAUUGUAUAGUUUAACUUACCAGUGCGCUGUAUAGCCCUUGUGGCUUAGCGCUUCUUUUUGAUUAUAAUAAUAAUUAACUUACGUAUGAAAAAUGAUUUAGGACAAAUCAUAUACUGUACUAACUCAUGUUAUUCUUACCUUCUCACCCAUAUGCUGGUGGAAAGCAUAAAGUCCAAGGAAUUGGUACUACCUUCCCCCUUUCUUUGAUCCACCAGGACUGCUUCCCAUUCCCCAAGUGCUCUAUGACCUCUCUCGGUUUAACACUUCCCAUAAAUGUAUUAAUCUUACCUUCCUAGAAGGGCCAUAUAUCACUUGGGGAGUAGAAGAUAAUCAGGUUUGAUCUAAAGGAAGGGUAGCUCCAGUCCAUUAGAUCAAGAGCCCUCAACAUGAAGGAAUUUCUUGCAAGUGCACACAGAAAAAUGUCGGCAAAAUAAAGUAAAUGUGAAGACAAUACAUACAUAUUUUAAUUAAGGGAAAGUGCUGAACUAUAGGGGUUCUCUAGUUCUUGAGAAAUGGGAGGCAUUCAUCUUUGGUCCAAAGAAAGGGAGGAAAUAUUCAGUUCUUUGGACCAAGAGCCCCUCUCUUUAAGUGUGUUUAUGUGAUAAUGGAUAGGAUAAAAGGAAUCCUUAACUUGCAUUGUUACUUUUUUAUAGUUGUUACCAGGUUUACCAGUAAAUUAUACAUAAAAGAUCAA